CGAACAGCCAAACACCGGGCCGUUGUCUCAAGGGUCAACUUGUCAAGUUCGUCAAUUUUCUUGCUGUCAACGUCAGAGUGCAUACAUCCAAACCAUGAAUAUUGCACUAUCGGGCCGAUCUAGCGGGAUGGAAUCCUCCCGUAGUGGCGAGAUCAUAGUAGAAUAGAGCAGAGCGAGAACCCGUGACCACGUGCCCGAGCUGUGGCCCACCUGAGCGUAGCCGGCGACCGGCCCGGGUCCGGUCCAGUGGAGCGGAUCUUGUUAUCGGGUUGGAAUCGUCGUCAAUGAGUGCGGUCAUUUAUGUAUUGACAGGAGGGAUAUGCAUGAGAACCUAUUCAUCCCAGGGAAGUUAUGACGUUGCAGGAUUUGAGGGAAUAGUGAACACCACCAUUCAGUCAAAACAACCAGGGCAACACAGAAAACCCACAACCCGUCAAUCCAACAGGAACCGGGUGAAUUCGAGGAUAUCCUCCUCCCAGUCUCAAUCAACAAGCUUUCAUAACCCACCGACACGGGCGCAAAACCCCCGCGAUAUACCAACAGAAUCAAUCCAACCCAGUCAGUCAAGUAACAAAGUCAAAUCGAUCCGGGGUAUAGAACCCGGUGUGGACCACACCAAAGAGUGGGUCAAUGAUUUCAACAAUCAAUCAAUCAAGUUAUCACCCGUAGACUGAUAGUCUGGUACUCGUAGGCAGUGCCUAUAAUUCCCGAAAUCAAUUGCCUUGCCUUGGUGGACACUGGA